AUGUCUUCGCCUAAAAAUCCUAUCUCCGCAGCCUACUAUCCCGAGCUUGCAAAGAUUAUCAACAAUGAUCCUACAGCUAUUGAGCGUCUAGAGCUCGAAUGUGGCAUGUGCCAGGACAAGAUGAGUAACCCAGAGGACAAGACUUGCAAUGCUAUCAUUUUCCCCCGCGGUCAUAUGUUCUGUCCCCCUUGUGUCAAAGAGUAUAGAACACACACCCUUUCCAAUGAUAUCCCUUACAGAUGUCCUGUUUGUCGCACUGAUCUCAAAGGCAAGAUCUGUGGGUGUCCGGGCGACAAAGAUACCUUAUUCGAGCCCACUCAACAUCAAAAUGAGAGCCUUUUGGCUAGGCUGAAGGAGGAAAUCUCCAACCCCGAAGGCCCUUGCGUCUCGUGUCAAAUGACUACAUUGGUCUGUAACUUGCGACGCAUCGCACUCUACGUACAUGAUCCCGCACAGUUGAUCAAAGACGGACAUAUGUUGCGAGUUACGGCUCAGAAACGCGAUGACAAGGGAGUUCAAGCAGAAUCUGACAACGCAGAAGUGGUCAGACAGUUGCCAAUAUCGGCAGAGCUUAUGGAACUGUUCAACCUUGCGGGAAGCAGCCUCGACGCGGUAUGGAACGGGCCUCUUGAUCCAGAGGAGGAAUCCUCCCUGUUUGACUUUGAACUGGCUCUUUGCAAGCGAUAUCCUGAGGAACAUAAGGACUGGCCGCAUCGAAGAGGACAGAUGGACUUUGUCGAAAGGGUGGGGUGGCGCCGACCAGACAGUACCGAAAGUAGUAGACUUUUCGAAGCUUUCAAGGGUGCAAUCGAGCUAGGUGAGGCGUUCAUCAGUGAUGGGGAUUACAAGGAGCAUCAGAGACGUAUGAGAAACCUGGAACAUCUGGAGGUUAUCUUUUCCGAGACUCUAGAGCUGGAGGAGGCGGAGAUGCGGGCCACCGGGAUGAACUAG